AUGCAUGGGACGAACGAGAUCUUCGGCCACACUGCACAUUCUCCGCAUGCCUCCGAGAUCAAUCUCAUUGCAAGACAGUGGGCUCUCACAAUCGCUGUGCUUGGUGCAGCUGAGCCCAUACAUGCCUUCCACUCGAUCAAGACAGCGCCGUUCACCCUGACUGUUCGCGCCCUGGCGACAGACCAUCCCCGAAUCACACUGGGAGUCACCCGUGCAGCUCGCGCCGUAAUGCCCGGGCAGGACGCUGCAGCGGGAGCGGCAGUUUCCCGAGAAGCAGGCGUCGUCCGAAGUACACAUGUCUCCGAGGACGGCUUUCACAGUACACUUGCCCCUUUCCGAGUCACAGUACCAUGGUCCGGGUGGACAGAGCCUGUUCUCAGCGGGAUUGCAGGUCAUGUUGAGAAUCAGAUUGGACACCAUGGCCUCGGUCUCGCGGUGAGACUCGGUCAUCAACUGGUUGCCAUAGAGGCUCAGGGGUAUACUGUUAUACCGAUAGUAAUAGAGGACGCUGGAUGGAAUGAUUGA